AUGGAAAAUUAAUUAAUAGCAUUUGUGGGUGAUCCUGCAGUUGGGAAGACUUCGAUUAUUAAAUAUUUAAAGGGAUUGGAAUUCGAAGAAGAUUAUAGUCCAACUGAAUAAAUAGAGACCACAGAUGUCACAAUUCAAAAUAAUGAAACAAUUACAAUUUAUGAUACUCCAGGAAAUGCGGCAGAAAGAAAAUAGGUAAUUGAGAUGCUAAAGAGUAUCCAAGUAGUGUUUGUGUGUUUUGAUGUUGAAAAUAUUGAUUCAUUUGAUUCAACAUUAUAAUGGUUAGAUGAUAUCAAAAAAUAAAUAAACAAUUCAAUGUAAGUAUGUCUGGUGGCUUGUAAAAUUGAUUCUGAUAGCAGAUAGAUUUCUCAAGAGCAGGCAUUUGAAUUUAUUAAUGAUUAUCCUAAUGUCGAAUAUUUAGAAGUGAGUGUGAAGACAGGAGAAAACAUGGACAUGCUUAUAGAUAAAAUACCUGUGACUACACCUUAAGGCGAUGGAGAUUUAUAAUAGUCGUAUAGAACCCAACAAUCAAAUAAACAAUCUGAAAAACCUGCUCACAGUCCUGAAAGACAAUCAUAGACUUACAAAUCCCAAACUAGUUUGUUAAAUAAGGAGGAACCCUUGUGGAAAGUCUAUGACUUUUUAUUUCCAACUGGGAGAGUGGCUAAAUUAGUAAAGAUAUCAGAUGUCGAUGCCAAAAAUUUGUCCAUUUAAGAUAUUUUGUUUAAAUUGCAAUUGAAUUAAAGUUAUCCAGUUGUAAAUUUGAUUGGAGCCAAGGAAACCAAUAAGGGGAAAUUCUAUGCAGGGAUUGCUAGGGCCUGUUUUAAUACUGAUGCUGUCAUUGUAGAUAGUGGAAUCUCAACUGGCAUUGAAAAAUACGCGAUCAGAAGAGGAGUCAAAUUGAUUGGAGUGGCUCCGGAAUAGGAAGUCAAAUAUCCGAAUUAAAGUACUGGAUUCAUUGAUCCUUAUGAGAUUAGUAACGGACAUACACAUAUAUUUCUGCUAAGUAAUUAUGAUGAAAUUAUGAGUUUAGAUAACAAAGAGAAGAUGAUGGUUUUUGGAUUGGAAGGAGUUUUCAAGAUAAAUUUGUGCAAAAAAUUGGCUGAAGGGAGGUUGGCAAAAAAUGGUCAGAGGGAGAGUAUGAAGGUGGUGCACAUUCUUUUGGGGGAGCAGGAAGGGUUUUUGAAUGAAUUGUAGUAGGCAGUUAUGGCCAAUCAGCCGAUCAUAGUGAUCAAGGGGUCUCCUUUGUGUGAUUAAUACUUUUAAAAUUAUAAUAACCCUCAUGCGAAUUAUUCAAAUGCAAGUUUUGGAUAAUUGGUGAGGAAGGGCCAUUUUUAUGGACUAAACAGUUUGGAUUCGGAAGAUAUUGCCCAAUAUGUCCACUUCUUUUUGACAGUGACUCCAUAUAAUUGA